GAUUACGUGCCUGGCAUGCAAAGCUAUAGAGAUUCUUGCGAGUUUGCAACAAUGGCCACUUCACCAAAAAAGACCUGAACUCUCAUUUGGUUGCUGAAACUGUAGCCAUACGUAAAGAAGUUUUCUUUUUUUUUUUUUUCAACCUGUUCCUCAGCUCCUCUCAGGUUCUUGAUUACUUGCAUUAACAUAAAGUUCUAUUACCUAACAAUUUUAGAGUUUAAUGGCUGAAUCAGGGAAAAUAUCCAAGUUGGAGUAGUUAGAAAAUUCCAGGCUGGAGAAUUCAUACACUGGAAAAGAAGCAAAAGAAUGGCAUCACUUACACCAGGGGUGCUAUUAAAGGUUCUUCAGAGUAUGAAUUCCAAUGUAAAAGUUCGAGGGGAAUAUCGAUCUGUGCUCCUGCAAGUAAUCAGCAUUGUGCCUGCUUUAACAGGAUCAGAGUUAUGGCCUAACCAAGGUUUCUUCAUCAAAGUAUCCGACUCCUCGCAUUCAACUUAUGUUUCCCUGUCACAGGAGGACAACGAGUUGAUCUUGAAUAACAAAUUGCAACUUGGUCAGUUUUUCUAUGUUGAAAGAGUGGAAGCUGGAACCCCAGUUCCAAUUCUUGUUGGGAUCAGGCCAGUUCCAGGACGGAAUCCUUUUAUAGGCAAUCCAAAGGAUUUGAUGCAGAUGUUGGUGCCAUCGGAGGGUCCAGUGGCGGUUGAUAAUGAAGGGAAUAAUUGUUCAAAAACAAAGGAGCUUGUGGAAGUGAAAGAGGAGAGCCAGAGACAGAAAAUCGUUAUCAAAGAGGAAAAAUCAGGUGUUGCAUCAAGAUAUAUGCAGGGUAUUUUGCCAUCAAAUCCUAAAGCAAGUGGAUCAGAUUCGAAUAGUAGUGUGAAAAACACUGAGAAUGAGAAUGGUGGAGCAGGUAAAAAGGCAAAAAACAAGCAACAGGAGACAAAAGGUCAGGCACGCCUGGUAACUCCUUCCCGUCGUAGGCCAGAAGUAUCAGUAUCAAAGCCAGAGGUUGUUGCAUCUAACACCGAGGAAACUAUGGUGCCUCCAAAGAGCACAACCGUAAAACGCUCUUCAAGUAAACAGAAAAACAUGGACAAGAAAGAGAAGAAUAGUUUGACUGAAACAGGUUCGUGGAACUCUCUGCCUGCCAGUCUCUUGAAGCCGGGAAAGGGAAUGCUGAGAAGAAGAAAUUUAGCUUCUUUGAUUGCAGCAGAUGCUCAGAAGGAGGCAUCUAUGGCUGCAAAUCUUGUAAAGUGUCUUAGCAUGUUUUCUGAUCUAUGCUCCUCUGCCUCACCUGAGAACCCUCACCUCUCUCUCACCAAGUUCUUCACCCUCCAACAUCUAAUUGACCAACCAAGUGUCACGACACAUUUAAAAGAUAAGCCAAUUCAGUUGUCUAUUCAUCCAUCUGUGCUAGACACAGAAAAGUCUAACAAAAGGAAAGGUCUAACCCAUGGAAAAAGUACAUUAAAGUCUCCAAAACCUUCGAUACAGUUGAGUGAAGCUGAAAAACUAGAAUGGACCAAAGGAGAUAGUGCAAAAGAGAUAAAAGAACUGAGGGAAAUUUUGCUGCAUGAAACAAGAACUUGGUUUUUGAAAUUUUUAGAGGUAGCAUUGGAUGUUGGAUUUCGGAUCGGUACCCAGGAGAAGAAAGGAAAAAGCGCCACAGGGCGAGUGAUGGAGCAGGACAACCAUAUUGCUGUCACAUUGUCACAACUAAAAUAUGCAAAUGAGUGGCUUGAUAAAAUAAGAAACAAUUUGAGCUUAGAUGAUAAUGGAUUGAUGGAAACUGUUGAACGGUUGAAACAAAAGGUUUAUGCUUGUUUGCUUAGCCAUUUGGACUCAGCAGCCUCAGCUCUAGAGCAUCGGCCUUGACCACAGUUGAUUCAGCAUGAAAGCAUGAUUUCACAACGUUUUUGGUCACCUAAUGUUUGUAAGAACUUAUAUGUAUCUAAGGUGAUACUGAUUUUCUGGAUGACAUGAGCCAAACAGAAGUAUAGACAGUUUGGCCAACCAUAUUUAUGUUGUGGUUGUACUGUCAGCAAACUUAUGAAUACAAGUCCUUUGUGUAUUACAAUAAAUUCAUUGAAAGUUCACUUCAAUCCACAUUAUUCAUUUUUAACAUUUAAGCCUGCAACAAAUGUAUAAUUAAAAUUUUAAAUUUCGUGUUUCAAGAGGAAGAACUGAGAGAAUCACCUUUGCGCCGAAGGAACUGCUCAAUGCUUGAUGUUUAUCCUUGAGCGAGAAAGGGAGAGAAAAGAAGGCGAAGAACCUGGAACAUGAGAAGUAUAUGAGAUUCUACUUGCUCUAACGAUAUCAGAAUGUAAUAAAGCCUCAAGAACCUGCUAGAUGUUUGCAGCCUUGUGUUUAGGAAGGGAGAGUGUCCAAGCUCGAGAGCCAGGGCACAUGCAAAAUUUCACAGAUUCUUGUCUGAUAGCUUUAGCAUUUGCCCUGCUUCUCCAGCAUGGUUUACCCUCUCUAAUAUCGCAUUUCUGGUUACCAAAUUUCUGAUAGAAAGAAACUGAUAAAACAUCUAUCCACUUAAAUCUUAUAGAACCAGAAAAGAUUUUGGCCCCAAAAAAACAUAUA